AUGUCGACAACAAUAGGCGCCUUCAUCGGCGGCGGCAUCGCGGCCUGCGGUGCCGUGACGGCGACUCACCCGUUCGAGACGGUCAAGAUUCGCAUGCAAUUGCAGGGUGAACUACAGCAAAAAGGGGCCCAGCCUCUCCACUAUCGCGGUCCGCUACACGGCGCCGGCGUCAUCGUGCGGAGCGAAGGUGUCCGUGCCAUAUACCGUGGUCUUGGGUGCGCCUAUGUCUACCAAAUGGUCCUCAAUGGCUGUCGCUUAGGGUUUUACGAUCCGAUGCGCGCCUCGCUAGCGGGCUUCUUCUUCAAGGACGACAGGAAGCAGAGUCUGGCGAUUAACAUGUUCUGCGGCGCAUCGUCAGGCAUGAUUGGUGCCGCGGCGGGCAGCCCCUUUUUCCUGGUCAAGACACGGUUGCAGAGCUUCUCCAAAACGUUGCCCAUGGGGACACAGCACAACUAUCGCAACGCAAUCGACGGUCUGUCGCAAAUAUUCCGCAGCGAGGGACUCGGGGGACUGUACCGUGGUGUUGGCGCGGCCAUGAUCAGGACUGGCUUCGGCAGUUCGGUGCAGCUUCCCACCUACUUCUUUGCGAAGAGGCGGCUGAUGAAGCACGCUGGCAUGGAAGAGGGAGCGCCCCUGCAUUUGACGAGCAGUGCGAUUAGUGGUUUCGUGGUUUGCUGCGUGAUGCACCCUCCUGACACAAUCAUGUCACGCCUGUACAACCAGAACGGCAACCUCUACAAGGGCGUCCUGGACUGCGCGCUCAAGACCAUUCGCACCGAAGGUCUCUUCGCCAUCUACAAGGGCUUCCUCCCCCACCUCGCCCGAAUUUUGCCACACACUAUUCUCACGCUUUCGCUGGCGGAGCAGACGAACAAGCUGAUGCGCAAGGUCGAGACGCUCAUCAUUCCUGAUGUUGUUGAGGCCAACAAGGCCAAGGCUGAAGCCAAGGCCAACGCUAAGACAGCUUGA